AUGGCCGUGCCACCAGGCAAGACACCUAUUAGUUAUUUACAAGAGUAUGCUACCAAGCAUGCCAUUACACCUCAGUAUGAUCUCAUUGCCAAUGAAGGAGCAGUACACGAACCUACAUUCAUCAUGAGAGUUACGAUUGGAGACAAAGCAGUCGCUACUGGCAAAGGGUCAAGUAAGAAAAAGGCCAAGCACGCCGCUGCACAGAAUGCUCUCAACAUUUUAAUGGGUGUCACAGUCAACGGUAAAGAAGAGGAGACGGAGGAGCCUGAGGUAACUGUUACCCCUGGUCAAACUAAGGAGGAGGAUGUUGGCAAUCCAAUUGGAGAACUUCAAGAGUUCACUCAGAAAAAGUUGCUUAAACCUCCAGUUUAUGAAUUUGUUCCGGAGCAGGGACCUCCGCAUGCAAGAGAAUUUAUAUGUAACAUUAAGCUUGGAAAGUUCACAGACAAAGGAACUGGGCGAUCUAAGAAAACAGCCAAACGUGUUGCGGCUGCAAACAUGUUGGCUCAGCUGAAAGCCCUCUCUCAGGACAAGGAGACUGAAAAACAGCUGGAAGAUUCUGAUGAGGAUGAAGAAAUACCACUGGGCUUUGACAAAUCCAGCUACACAGGCCUAAAACAGUCAAAGGGGAAAGCAAAGACAGUCAACACACAGUCAGCCCUGGAAAUUCAGCGAUUCUAUGAAAAAGUCAUGGUUGCUGGAGGCAAACAGGUUAGAGGCCAAGGGCAAACAUUGACCCCGCCCACAAACUACUGCCAGAUGUUACAGGAGAUAGCUGAGGUGCAGAGAUUUGAGGUGCAGUACUUUGAUAUCAAAGAUGACAGCGUUGUGGGUGUCAAUCAGUGCUUAGUUCAGUUAUCAACUGUCCCCGUUGCUGUGUGUCAGGGCACUGGGCCAAUCAUGGAUGAAGCCCAUGCCAAUGCAGCACACAAUGCUCUCCAGUAUUUGAGAAUCAUGAUUAAGUAA